AAAUUUAAAAAAACAAAAACCCACAAAGACUAACCAACCCCAAUCCGGAUCAAAGAUGAGCGCUGGGGGCUUUGGGCUGCGGCUGCUGCUGCUGCCCCUUCUGCUCAUUGCCGCCCCUGCACCCAGCUCGGCGGAGGGGGAUCCUAAGGGGGUCAAGGAUGGCGAGACCCCUGGCAAUUUCAUGGAGGAUGAGCAAUGGCUGUCGUCCAUCUCUCAGUAUAGCGGCAAGAUCAAGCACUGGAACCGCUUCCGAGACGAGGUAGAGGAUGACUACAUCAAGAGCUGGGAGGACAAUCAGCAAGGAGAUGAAGCUCUGGACACCACUAAAGACCCCUGCCAGAAGGUGAAAUGCAGCCGACACAAGGUGUGCAUCGCUCAGGGCUACCAGAGAGCUAUGUGUAUCAGCCGGAAGAAGCUGGAGCACAGGAUCAAGCAGCCUACCCUGAAGUUCCAUGAAAACAAAGAAGGUUUUUGUAAACCAUGUCACAUGGCCCAGCUUGCCUCUGUCUGUGGUUCUGAUGGACAUACUUACAACUCUGUGUGUAAACUGGAACAGCAGGCCUGCCUGACCAGCAAGCAGCUGACAGUGAAGUGUGAGGGUCAGUGUCCCUGCCCCACGGAGCAGGCCCCAGCCUCCACCACAGACACUAAACAAGAAACCUGUACUGGGCAGGACCUGGCGGAUUUGGGGGACCGGCUGCGGGACUGGUUUCAGCUCCUUCAUGAGAACUCCAAACAGAACGGCACCGCCAGCGCUGGAGCCAACCCUGCCGGCGGGCUGGACAAGAGCCUGGGGGCCAGCUGUAAGGACUCCAUCGGCUGGAUGUUCUCCAAGCUGGACACGAGCAAUGACCUGUUCUUGGACCAGUCUGAGCUUGCUGCCAUCAACCUGGACAAAUAUGAGAUCUGCAUCCGUCCCUUCUUCAACUCCUGCGACACCUACAAAGACGGCCGUGUCUCCACCGCUGAGUGGUGUUUCUGCUUCUGGAGAGAGAAACCCCCCUGCUUGGCUGAACUGGAGAGGAUUCAGAUCCAGGAAGCCGCUAAAAAGAAACCUGGCAUCUUCAUCCCCAGCUGUGAUGAGGACGGCUACUACAGAAAGAUGCAGUGUGACCAGAGCAGUGGUGACUGCUGGUGUGUGGACCAGAUGGGUCAGGAACUGACGGGAACCCGGAUACACGGGAGCCCAGACUGUGAUGACAUCGUCGGGUUCUCCGGGGACUUUGGGAGUGGCGUUGGCUGGGAGGACGAGGAGGAGAAGGAGACGGAGGAGGCCGGCGAAGAAGCUGAGGAGGAGGAGGGCGAGGCAGGCGAGGCAGAUGAUGGCGGCUAUAUCUGGUAGAAGCCCAGUGAGGGAGGCCUGGGGGGAGGGGGAUGCUGGGGUACUGACAGCUGGGACAAAAAGGCAGUGAACUGGGCAGUAGCAGGGCAACUUAGUGAGCUGAUCAGGAAAACACAGUCGAAUGUAACUUGACUCCAGUGGGGGAGAAUGAAUGCGUGUGAGUGUGCAGCAUGUUUGCGGAGUGUGUGUGUGUGUAUGUGUGUGUGAUGGGUGCAACAAGUGAGCAUGUACAUGACCUGCAGCUGUGGGCAGUGUCAUUGAAUGAUGCCCCUCCUGGCAAACGAAACCACCAAAAGUCGCCUCCAGCCUUCACUUAUUCUUUUUUUUUAAAUAUUACAUUAACAGUCAAUGAGAUGUGAUACUCUUUCCUCCUCUACACUCUGACACCCCUACCCAAAGCUAGAAGUUGACCCACCCAUUCACCCCAAUUGCCCUGUGAUUGCUGUCCAUUCUAUCUGUCCCUGUCCCCUCCGGAGUUACUGGCUGCUGUUUAUACUAGGCUCAACACCUCCAUAUCCUGGGGUCAAGUAGCCACUUGCCUGAGGUACCAGCCUUAGCUCCAAAGGAGAAUGUCCUGUGGUCCACCAAGAUGGAGUACGCAAAUUGUUCUCAGGGUGUGCAUCCUUCCCAAAGACCGGGGGCCAUGACUCUUGAGCUGUUUUGGCAGCGAGACUGUCAACCAUAUUGUCACUAGUCUCAGAAAGGAGGAGAAAGCCAUCCAGCUGGGAGUGAACCCUUCCCAUAGUUGGGUUCUUGCAAAGCCAGAGAGUUUCUUCCAGCCCAGGUUGUGGGAGAGGUGGUGGAGAGAUGGGUGUGGGGAGGAGAUAAAAGGUCCCACAGCUACUGGAAGAAGUUUAGGAUUGAUGGUAAAGAGAAGGUCUUGCCUACCCAACAGCUCUUACAAAGCUGUGCUAAAGGUGUCACUGGGGUGGGCUGAGGUCCCUGUGGAUGGCUGCUCAGUGUCCACCUCCUUGUCCCUAGGACUGGGAGCACUUCCACAGAAAGACUAGAUACUUUUGGGUUGAGGAUUGGAGCAGUUCUGACUUGGAGAUCAUUGGUUUAAGGCCUCUUGGGCCAGAGCAAGGCCUAGCCUCUUGUUAUAGCAGAGAUUUUCCCUAAAGGUUCAGCUGGAGUUUAAAGCCAGGACUGCUUUCUUUGGGAAGCAAUUCCAUCUCCCUGCCCUUCCCAGUUUCUGCCCAAAAGCUGGCCUGUGGUGAUUUGUUGCCCCAAUAAAUUUACAUUGAGGAUGUUGGGUCUUUUGGGGGAUAGAAAUUAAAAUACCUGGAGCAUGUCCCUAGUCCCUUUAUCAGAAUUUCCUCCUCCUUUCCUGGACCAAUGGAAACAGGCAAUCCCAUAUCAGUUUUUUGAACCAAAUUUUGAAGAUGGCCAGAUGUGGGUGGUGGGUGGUAGGGAGACAUCUUACUUUCUUGCCUUCUCUGGGCCUCGAUCCUCUCUCCCCUACCCAUCCAUUCAUUUAGCAAGCUGUUUUUAAGCACCUACUAUAUACUCUAGGCAUUGGGCAUACAAAGAUGAAGAAAAAACAAACAGGACUUUAUAUUCAAAUGGGGGAGCAGGGAAUUAACAUGUACACCUGUAUUCCAAAUAUAGAUAGGGAAAGAGAAAGUAAUUUUAGGGUUGGAUGCCAUUAGCACCUAGGGGAGCAAGGAGAGGCCUGCUGUAAGACCUGGUACUUGAGCCAAAAGGAAGCUUAAAGGACUCUGGGGGGAAGGGCUGGGAGGGAAGGCAGCCUGGGUGCUCUUGUCAGAGGCAGUGGCCAUAAUGAGGCUGGUUCUGUAUUCCUUCGAGGCCUGCUCUCUGUAGCCUGGCCUUCUCCUUUGACUGGAGCACCAAAGGGCCUGGAUUCUUCUCAUUCACUGCUUUUGGUAUGGGGGCAUUUAGAUAGGUAACAUCAUCGCUGGGAAGAUCAGAGGGCAGGGGGAAAAGGAGAAAGGGAGAGUCAGGGUCCUGGGGCAAGAUCCCUCCAAGAUGCCCCGCCAGCCAGCAACAACCAUGUGCUUCUGGCCCCUGGGAAAGGCUCCUCCUAGGACAAGUUACAGACCAGGCUGGGAGGGGACCACCCUCGUGGGUGUUUUUCUCACUGUUAGGUUCCCCUAUAAUUGAAGGAAUUUUCCUAUUGAUGAGAAAAGGCUCCCUGCUCAUGUCCUCACCAUCCUGACACCCAGUGCUCACAGAUGCCUGUGCACGUGUGUCUGUGUGUGUGUUUCUAAGGGUAGUCAGUGGGAUGUGUGAGUGUGUGGGUGGUGGAAGCCCCAGGCUGAGUAUGUGUCUGUGUGUGUGAGUGUGUGAGUGUGUGUGAGUGUAUGUGUGUGUAUGUGUGGCAUGGGAGGGAGUGUGGAGGGGAGGAAGGGUAGGCCUGUACUGAUGUCUCUCUGGGUUGCCUACCUUUGACUUUUCCCUACAUGUCCCAUCGCUUGGGCUGAGCUCAGCUUUGAAAGACCCUCCCCAACAUUCCCCCUUCCUGUCCUCCCACUGAGGGACUCCCCUCACUCCUUUCCUGGGAGGAGUCAAGCUUCGAAAUGCCAGUCAUCCCAGCUAACUGCUCGCAGUGGUACCAUAGGAAAGGACACUCUCUGUAGCUCAGCUCUGAUAAUAAACGUGUCUUGCCUUCCGAA